AUGAACAUUAAAAUAUAUCAAGUCGAUGCCUUUACGGAUCAGUUAUUUGGCGGUAAUCCGGCGGCUGUAUGCCCAUUAGACAAAUGGUUACCCGAUUCAUUGAUGCAAAAAAUUGCAGCUGAAAACAAUCUUGCUGAAACGGCUUUUUUCGUGCCAAAUUUCAGCAAUGACGGAUACGAACUUCGUUGGUUUACCCCACAACUGGAAAUAGAUCUUUGUGGUCAUGCAACAUUAGCGGCUGCACAUAUCAUUUUCACUGAAAUGUCUUCAAUGAAUGAGGAAAUCAACUUUCAGACCAAGAAAGCUGGUGAACUUAAAGUAACUCGCCAAAAGGAGAAUGAUUUAUACAUCCUCAAUUUUCCAGCCCGUCCAGCAGCGAAAACAGAUUUGCCCGACGGAUUGUUGUCAGCGUUGCGCAGCAAUGUAACUCCCAUAGAAGUUUAUAAAGCAAGAGAUCAUAUGCUCGUUUAUGAAAACGAAGUCGACGUCAAACAAUUGUCGCCAGAUUUUAUGGCAUUAGCUAAAAUUGAUACUAUUUUUAGUGUGAUUGUUACUGCUCCUGGUGAUGAAGUCGAUUUUGUUUCGAGGUUUUUUGCGCCAAGCGCUGGCAUUUCUGAAGAUCCCGUUACUGGUUCAUCACAUUGCAGUCUAAUCCCUUAUUGGGCUGAACGAUUAGGUAAAAAUCAGCUGCAUGCUUACCAGAUUUCAGCACGUAAAGGGGAACUUUGGUGUGAAAAUCAAGGUGACCGGGUGCUCAUGUCGGGCAAAGCAGUUACCUAUUUAAAAGGUGAAAUAAACGUUUGA